AUGGAUUACUUCUAUAAAAUUAAAGAUACUGUAUCACAAGUUGCUGCACAAGCUAGUAAAGUUUUACCUGGUAAUCCAAUAACAAGAGAAUAUGAAGUCAAAGAAUUAUUAGCAACAGCAGGACCAGGUUUACUUUGGAAAAUUCAUUGUGGAUAUAAACGAUCAACAAAACAAAAAUGUGCUGUUUGGUUUUUUGAAAAGAAUGAUAUUGAAAAAUGGCCAAAAGAAGAUAAGGAACAAUUUUUAAAUAUUAUAAGAAAAAAUGUUUUAACAUUAACUAGGAUAAGGCAUAAUAGAAUUUUAAUUGUAGAACAUGGAAUUGAAGAAUCAAGGGAAUCUAUUGCUUUUUGUACUGAACCAAUAUUUGCAUCCUUAGAAAAUAUCUUUAAACCAACAAAUGCUCCUUACAAUCCAGAUUUAAAAGAUUAUGAAUUGGAAGACUUAGAAAUAAAACAUGGAUUAUUUCAAAUAGGAGAAGCUUUGACUUUUUUACAUAUUGAUUUAAAGAUGGUACAUAGAAAUAUUUGUCCAGAAAGUAUUAUUAUAAAUGAACGUGGUGCAUGGAAAUUAGGAUGUUUUGAAUUUAGUUGUAAUGAAGUUUUAAAUUCUCAAAAUAUAGGAAAUACAAUUUCUUUUCCAUGUUUAAAUUGGGAUCAACAAAAAAUGAGUGCUACACAGGCAAAUUUAAAUUUUAUAGCUCCAGAACAUAUUAAUCAAAAAGAAUGUUAUCCUUCUUCUGAUAUGUUUUCUUUAGGAGUUUUAUCAUAUGCUUGUUUUAAUCAAGGAAAACCUAUUUUUGAACAUAAAAAUAACUUAAACACAUUUAAAAAUAAUUCAAGGAAACUUGAAGAUAUUACAACAACUCAAGUUGCAAAAAUACCUGCAGAGUUUCAAAAUGAUGUUAAAAAAUGUUGUGCUUUAAAUCCAGUGUUUAGACCGGAUUGUGCACAAUUUACAAGACUUGUAUAUUUCGAUACGAUUCAAAUAAAAACCUUAAAUUAUUUAGAAAAUUUAAUGCAAAUGGAUCAUAAUCAAAAGAUAGUAUUUUUCAAAGGUCUUCUUCAAGUAUUUAAUAAAUUUCCAAAAAGAACAUUAUUUCAAAAAGUUUUACCAUUUUUAAGUAGUGAAUUUUCUACACAUCAACUAAUACCAUUUAUUUUACCUAGUAUAUUUCAAAUGGCAGAGAUGUCAAAUAACAUUGAAUUUUCAAGAUAUAUUUUACCUUCAUUGAUACCAGUAUUUAGUAUUCAAAGACCAUAUCAAAUUUCUUUAUUACUUUUACAAAAAAUGGAAUUGUUGUUAAAGAAGACUCCUGAAAGUGAUAUUAAAAAACAUGUACUUCCUUUACUUUAUAAUUCUUUACUAAGUGAAACUGAUAGAAUACAAGAGUUAUGUUUAACUAAUAUUCCUACAAUCGGUAAAUUAGUAGAUAGAGAUAUUAUGAAAAAUCAAUUAUUACCAAGAAUUUUAAAAUUAGUAACAGAUGGAAAUAUUAUAUCUAUUAAAAUUCAAGCUUUACUUUGUUUAGCUAAAUUAAUGCCAAAUUUAGAACAUUGGAUGGUAUCAGAUCAAAUAAUUCCAGUGUUAUCUAAAGUGACAUGCAAAGAACCUGGUGUUUUGAUGGCAAUUUUGGGUGUUUACAAAUUAGCGUUUGAAUCGGAAAAAUUUGGAAUUUCUCGUGAGUUAAUUGCUAGAAAUACUUUACCAUUUCUAAUUUCUACAUCAAUUGAAAAUACUUUGAACUUAUCACAAUUUGAAAGUUUUAUGUUGCUUAUUAAACAAAUGUUAUCAAAAAUGGAAUCAGAACAACGAUCUCGUUUACAACAAUUAAGUGCUGGACAAGAGGAGCAAAGAGCGGUGGCAGACUUUAAUGAAUUAAUAAAUCAAAAAACUUCUACUGUUACAAAUACUGAUAAGGCAGUAAAGGAUUUAGAUGAUUUCUUCAAAAAUACAAAUACAAAAACCCCUGAAGUUAGUAAACCUACGACAAUUGAUAAUAUUUUUGAGCCAAAAAGUAAAACAUUAGAUACUUCAUCAACAAAGAGCGAACCUAACAAUGAUUUGUUUGAUUUCACAGAAUUUUUAAAACCAAAACCUACUGCUCCAGUGGUACAAACAAAUUCUCCUUUUAAUAAUAUAAGUUUCCCAUCUCCACCAAGUGUAGUAAAUUCAAUUAGUAGUACCAAUUCACCAUUAAAUUUCGACAAACCAUUUUCAAAUAAUGUAGAAAAGCAUAAUACAUUUUUAACACAACAAACUAGCAUCCCAUCAAUGUCUAAUACCUUUGCCAAUAAUGGAUUUUUUAAUAAUCAAGAACCAACUAUUCCUGUUUCAAAACCUGUUGCUAAAGGAAAUGACCCAUUUGCUGAUUUAGAUCCUUUUGCCAAAACUAGAGGACCUCCAAUGAAUUCUUUAUCAACAAAUAAAUCUACAAGUAAAACAAAUAAUUUAUUUGAUAAUUGUCAAAAAUCUGCUAAUAAUCAACUAAAUGAUAUUUUUGGUUAA